UCGCGGGCGGUGACGCGCCAAGUGUGUGCCCGCCAUAGCCAGAGCGGCCGCCGGGCGACGGUGCGUGGGGCCCGGAGGAAGGCGGAGGAGAAGGAGGAGGCCGAGGCGAGGCGACGAGGCGGCGGAAGGCCGGGCAGGGUGAGUCAUGUCUUCAUGUUCUGAGCUUGUGGAUUCCAAAGCUGAGCUGACUGCUUCGCUGGAGCAAUGGGAGAAGGAGCAUGGCAGUGGACAAGACAUGGUUCCUAUACUUACUCGAAUGUCAGAAUUAAUUGAAAAGGAGACAGAAGAGUACCGUAAGCGAGAUCCAGAUCCAUUUGAUGAUAGGCAUCCUGGUCGGGCAGAUCCAAAAUGUAUGCUUGGCCACUUGCUGAGGAUCCUCUUCAAGAAUGAUGAUUUCAUGAAUGCACUGGUGAAUGCUUAUGUGAUGACAAGUAGAGAACCUCCCUUGAAUACUGCUGCUUGUCGACUCCUUUUGGACAUCAUGCCUGGGCUAGAAACUGCUGUGGUCUUUCAGGAGAAGGAAGGCAUAGUCGAGAACCUCUUCAAGUGGGCACGAGAGGCGGAUCAGCCUUUGAGAACGUAUGCAACUGGGUUGCUGGGAGGUGCCAUGGAGAACCAAGACAUUGCUGCCAACUACAGGGAUGAGAAUUCUCAAUUGGUGGCCUUUGUUCUUCAGCGUCUGCGGGAGCUCCAAAUCCAUGAAAUGAAUGCAAAACAUGAAAACAAGCGGCCCAGUCCUCGAAAAGCACCCUCAGACCCUCUGCUGCCUCUCGAUGAGGAGGCUGUGGACAUGGAUUAUGGGGAUAUCACAGUAGAUGGCGAGCAGGAGGACGUGACCAGAGACGUGGACAUCUCAUUUAACCUUGACUCUAAUCACAAGACUAGUAGUCGGGUGAACUCUGCUAUGAAAAAAUCAGGGAAACAACAUGAAAGGGAGAAUUUCCGGAAAGCAAAACAAAAACUUGGGUUCUCGACAGAGCCUGAUAAGAUGUUUGUUGAACUGUCUAAUAGCAGCUGGUCUGAAAUGUCUCCUUGGGUCAUUGGCACAAACUAUAAUUUAUACCCUUUGACUCCUGCUAUAGAACAGAGACUAAUUCUGCAGUACCUGACUCCCUUAGGGGAGUAUCAAGAGCUGCUGCCCAUCUUUAUGCAACUUGGGUCAAGGGAGUUGAUGAUGUUCUAUAUUGAUUUGAAACGGACCAAUGAUGUAUUGCUCACUUUUGAAGCCCUUAAGUAUUUGGCAUCGUUGUUGCUCCACAACAAGUUUGCAACUGAAUUUGUAGCCCAUGGAGGAGUACAAAAGCUAUUAGAGAUACCCCGUCCAUCAAUGGCAGCUACAGGAGUCUCCAUGUGCUUAUAUUACUUGUCUUAUAAUCAGGAUGCCAUGGAAAGGGUAUGCAUGCAUCCCCAUGUGUUAUCAGAUGUCGUGAAUUACACCUUGUGGUUGAUGGAGUGCUCUCAUGCUUCAGGCUGUUGCCAUGCUACCAUGUUCUUCUCUAUCUGUUUCUCAUUCCGGGCCGUCUUAGAGCUCUUUGAUAGGCAUGAUGGUUUACGGCGCCUUGUUAACUUGAUCAGCACUCUAGAUAUUCUAAAUUUGCAAACUCAAGGUGCUCUCUUAAGUGAUGAUGAGAUCUUUGCUAGCCGUCAGACUGGGAAACACACAUGCAUGGCCAUGCGCAGGUAUUUUGAGGCACAUCUUGCCAUCAAAGUGGAACAAGUGAAGCAGUCACUCCAGCGCACAGAAGGCGGGAUUCUGGUUCACCCACAGCCUCCAUAUAAGGCUAGUUCCUAUACACAUGAACAGAUUGUAGAGAUGAUGGAAUUUCUCAUAGAAUAUGGGCCUGGCCAGCUCUAUUGGGAUCCAGCCGAGGUCUUUCUAAAACUGUCUUGUGUGCAGCUUAUGCUCCAGCUUAUUUCAAUAGCAUGCAAUUGGAAGACCUACUAUGCCAGGAAUGAUACAGUGCGUUAUGCUCUGGAUGUUCUGGCCAUCCUUACUGUGGUUCCGAAAAUCCAGUUACAGCUAGCAGAGGCAGUGGACACUGUGGAUGAGGGAGGGACUUCUAUUUCCAUUGUGGGUAUUAGCAUCAUCCUGGGACUUGCUGAGGGCGAAUUUUUUAUUCACGAUGCAGAGAUCCAGAAGUCAGCUCUGCAGAUCAUCAUCAACUGUGUGUGUGGUCCUGACAAUCGCAUCUCGAGCAUUGGAAAAUUCAUCUCUGGUACCCCUCGUCGGGCCCUGCCCCAGCCCCCUAGGAGUAGUGAGCACACUUUGGCCAAAAUGUGGAAUGUGGUGCAAUCCAAUAAUGGCAUCAAAGUCCUGCUGUCUUUGCUCUCUGUAAAAAUGCCCAUUACAGAUGCAGACCAGAUCCGAGCGCUGGCCUGCAAAGCAUUGGUUGGUUUAUCCCGGAGUAGCACGGUUCGGCAGAUCAUCAGCAAGUUGCCCCUGUUCAGCAGUUGCCAGAUCCAACAGCUGAUGAAGGAGCCUGUGCUUCAGGAUAAGCGCAGCGAACAUGUGAAGUUCUGCAAAUAUGCGGCUGAGCUGAUUGAGCGUGUCUCAGGAAAGCCCUUGUUGAUUGGGACAGACGUCUCCCUGGCUCGGCUACAGAAAGCAGAUGUGGUGGCUCAGUCAAGGAUCUCAUUUCCUGAGAAGGAGCUACUCCUUUUGAUCAGGAACCAUCUCAUCUCUAAAGGGCUUGGAGAAACGGCUACUGUCCUUACAAAAGAAGCAGAUCUGCCCAUGACAGCAGCGUCACACUCCUCUGCCCUCGCCCCAGUUCCUGCUGCUGCCUCUCCUGUGACUCUGCCUCGAACCCCUCGAAUAGCAAAUGGCAUUUCAGCCCGGUUGACUAACCAUCCAUCUGUGGGUGCUGGUGCUGCCUCUGUCCAUGCUCAGCCAAGGCAGACUACUUGCCAAAGCUCACUUGCACUUCCAGGCCCGUCUCACACCACCAGCACCCCUGUGAUUGGCAGGAUUAGCUUCAUCCGAGAGCGGCCGUCCCCUUGCAAUGGCAGGAAGAUCCGAGUCCUUCGGCAAAAAUCAGACCAUGGGGCCUACAGCCAGAGCCCUGCCAUUAAAAAGCAGCUGGAUAGACACCUUCCUUCCCCUCCCACACUGGAUAGCAUAAUCACAGAGUACCUUAGGGAGCAACAUGCACGCUGCAAGAACCCUGUGGCCACUUGCCCCCCCUUUUCCCUUUUUACCCCUCACCAGUGUCCUGAACCAAAACAGAGGCGCCAAGCGCCAACUAACUUUACCUCACGGCUCACCCGCCGGGCAGCAUUUCCAAAGUAUGGCGGGGUGGAUGGUGGAUGCUUUGAUAGACAUCUAAUAUUCAGCAGGUUCCGUCCAAUUUCUGUGUUCCGGGAAGCAAAUGAAGAUGAAAGUGGCUUCACAUGUUGUGCGUUUUCUGCACGGGAGCGAUUCUUGAUGUUGGGGACCUGCACGGGGCACCUGAAACUCUAUAAUGUCUUCAGUGGGCAAGAGGAAGCUAGCUAUAAGUGCCAUAACUCGGCCAUCACACACCUUGAGCCAUCCAGGGAUGGCUCUUUAUUGCUGACAUCUGCUUCAUGGAGUCAGCCUCUUUCUGCACUGUGGGGAAUGAAGACUGUCUUUGAAACAAAGCAUUCCUUCACGGAUGACCACUAUGUGGAAUUCAGCAAGCAUUCUCAGGACAGGGUCAUUGGCACAAAGGGCGACAUUGCUCAUAUCUAUGAUAUUCAGACUGGCAACAAGCUGUUGACUCUAUUUAAUCCAGAUUUGGCAAACAACUACAAGAAGAAUUCUGCCACCUUUAACCCCACAGAUGACCUUGUCUUAAAUGAUGGUGUCCUCUGGGAUGUCCGCUCUGCACAGGCUAUACAUAAGUUCGACAAAUUCAAUAUGACAAUUAGUGGUGUUUUUCAUCCGAACGGGCUGGAAGUCAUAGUCAACACAGAGAUUUGGGAUUUGCGAACUUUCCAUUUGCUACACACAGUACCAGCCUUAGAUCAGUGUCGUGUUGUCUUCAAUCACACUGGAACAGUUAUGUACGGAGCUAUGUUACAAGCUGAUGAUGAAGACGACCUGCUGGAAGAGAGGAUGCGAAGCCCCUUUGGAUCAUCUUUCAGGACAUUCAACGCAACAGAUUACAAACCAAUUGCCACCAUUGAUGUAAAAAGGAAUAUUUUUGACCUCUGUACAGACACGAAAGACUGUUACUUGGCAGUUAUUGAGAACCAAGGAAGUAUGGAUGCCAUGAACAUGGACACUGUUUGCAGGCUAUAUGAAGUGGGCAGGCAGCGAUUGGCAGAAGAUGAAGAAGAUGAAGAGGAAGAUCAGGAGGAGGAGGAACAGGAAGAAGAUGAUGAUGAGGAUGAAGAUGAUACCGAUGACCUGGAUGAGCUGGAUACUGACCAGCUGUUGGAAGCUGAUAUGGAGGAAGAGGAAAACAACGAGAAUGCAGGAGAGGAUGGAGAAAAUGACUUCUCACCUUCUGAUGAUGAGGAACUGGCGAACCUGCUGGAAGAGGGAGAUGAAGGGGAGGAUGAAGAUUCUGACGCAGAUGAGGAAGUUGAGCUGAUUCUUGGUGACACUGACAGCUCCGAUAAUUUGGAUUUGGAAGAUGACAUAAUCUUAUCUCUGAAUGAAUGAGGAGCAACCAUCCCACAGGAUGUUGGUGGCGGGAAGGCGCCCGUCUCAGAAGCCAGGAGACCAAAUCAGGAGGCGAUACUGUGCACCCUCUCAGAUUGUAAUUCUUGGAAGAACAUCUAAAGAUCUCCAGCCCUCCCGGUCUAGCAGAAGACAGACAGACUGCUGGCAUGGCCAGAGCCUUCCUACAAAGAGACUGGAGGGGUUUAAAGGCCUUUCUUUUUUUUUCUUUUCUGGUUUUUAGGCUGAGACAAGACUCCUCUCCACAGAGAUGUCUGAAGAUAUUUCAAUAUAUUUUCUUUGUAUAAAGUUCUUUCCUAAAGAACAGAAAUAGUUUUAUAUGAAACAAAAAAGGAUAAAAAACAGGCAAAUGUUAUAAAGAGGGUAUGGAUAUGUACCCUUCUAUUUAGUCGUCAUGAUAAAUUUUGGGGAAAGGAAAAAAGUUUAACAAUAACAAAAGGGCAUUUUUAUUGACAAGUGAAGGGGAGGCAGUGAAUCAUGGAUUGUAAAACUGUGGAGGAGUGAUUUUUAUUUGGAAUAUAAUUUUGUAAUAGAGGUGUUGCUACCUGCUGUGAAAUGUUCAUUUUUCGUCAGAUGCCUUUUUAUCAAAAGCCCCACAAGUCUUCCUGCUAUAGUUGCCAUGCGGGAGGCUGGAGGUCCUGUUCACAACCUGCUGUUGCUGGAAAAGAAGGACUCAUUUAUAAGUUCCCCUUCAUUUCAUCCCAGCCUUUUUUGUGAUUAAAAAAAUCAAUCUCAUCCCUUUUUUUCUGCCCUGUGUGUGAAAACUGCAAAUCGAAGGCCUUUUUCUUUUAAUGUAAAUUGUAUUUAUUAAAAAAAUAAAAUAAAAUUCUACUCCA